GCCACAGCGCCUCGCCGGGCAGGACGUCCAGACCCACUCCAGCGACAAGUGUCCAGCCGCCGAGCCCCAGGUGGUGGUGGUGGUGCCCGCCGCCCGAGCCGUGCCGCCGUGCUCCGAUGAUGUGACACUCUUUCCUCUUCGCCGACACCGAAGACAGCGAUCGCAAGGCAAGCCAGAUGUCCCCGGCCGCUGCCGCCGGCCUGCCGCUGCGCCCCGCCCGCCGCCCGCCCCCGCGCCCCUCCGCCUCCGCGCUGGGUCUCGGCGGCCUGGGCGGCCUGAGGGCGGGCGCGUUGUCACCACCCGACCUGCUCACGGAGGCCGCCGGUGAGCACGGCCUCCCGGCCGUCCGUGACGCGGGGCACGCCGUCGCCAGUGAGAUGCACUUGGACCACGCAGAUGCCGUGCAGGUGCUGGCGCUGUGCGGCGCGGCCCUGGGCGCCGUCGUGGUCCUCGUCGUCGUGGUGGUGCUCUGCUGCCGUUGGCGCCGCGACGACCACAAGAGCGGCGAGUACGACAGCCUCGGCCCCAGCAUCGUCGUGUACCCGUCGUACCACGGCAAGGGCGCGCAGUUCCUGUCCAGCGACAUCAGCUUCAAGGUGCCCCCCAUCGCCAAGCUGCGGCACACCUCCUCGCUGGACGCCAUGGACCUACUGGACUCGGACGACACGGACGGCACCUCGGCCACGUCCACCAUCACGGCAUGCACGUCCCAGACGCUCUCCGCCGCGUCUCCGCUCAGCAGCCACUCGCAGCGCUCCAACUCGUUCAGCGGCUGUCCGCUGGGGGCGCUGGACCCGGCCCUGUACCGCGGUGGCGCCUGCGACCUGGAGGAGGAGAUGCUGUUCCCGGAGGACCACCUGGGCCGCCUGUGGUUCAGCGCGCACUACGAGCCGACCGCGGAGAAGCUCCAGGUGACGCUGCUCAAGGCCAAGAACCUGCAGUCGCGGACCGUGGCCUCGGCCAACAACUGUGACCCCGUGGUUCGGCUGCACCUGAUCCCCGACGAGCGCCGGCACCUGCAGUCUCGGCAGAAGAAGAAGACGUGCAAUCCUGUCUUUGACGAGACCUUCGUGUUCCAGGUGCCCUCCAAGGACCUCGAGGAUCACGUGCUGCGCAUGACGGUCGUGGACACGGGCCGCAACAAGAGGAGGUCCGUCAUCGGCCACGUGUCCUUCCCGCUGCGCCGCCUCGCCGAGGAGCAGGACAAGCAGAACGUGUACAAGAUGGACUUGGAGAAGGACACGCCCGAGGCGGUUUCGGACAUCGGGGAGCUGCUCGUCUCCCUGCUGUACAACGAGAACCUGCACCGCCUGUCCGUCACCGUCAUCGAGGCCCGUCGCGUCAAGCAGUUCCGCGACGAGGAGCGGCGCGACUCGUACGUGCGCGUCGUGAUGCAGCAGCACCACGGCCAGGUCAAGGUGAAGCGCACCACCGUGGUCCGCUGCAUCGACGACAGCCCCAACUUCUCCGAGUGCUUCAACUUCCACGUGCCCGCCGCCUCCAUCGACGUCACGUCCCUCGCACUCCAGCUCGAGCAGCCCGGCACGCGCUACGGUCGUGGACACAAGCUGGUCGGCAAGUGCGUGCUCGGCUCGUACAUGUUCGCGCGCGGGAAGGCGCUCACGCACUGGAACACGGCGUUCGGCAACCCGAUGCAGCAGGUGCAGCAGUGGCACGCCCUCUCCACCUGAGUGUGCCUCCGUUGACAACGUCCACAACGUGCCCGUCGAGACGCAAGGUGUCAAAAUAGAAUACUCGAACACUUGUAAAACAAGUGUGCAAUAUUUGCACACCAACGUGUGCAAGUUGUGAUUUUGCACAUUACAUGGUGUUUAAUUCAAGUCGCACGCUUGCGUGGUGCGCAAAUUUUAGACGUUUUGUAAACGUUUAAAUUCUGCACACUUGGACACACACAGUUAUAUGCUAUCAAUAGGGAACCAUACGGUGUGCAGCUGCUAUACGUUUUGGAAGUGUUGAAUGUUUAAACACCAGUUGACGUAUAACAUAGUUAGAACCACAAAGUGUCUAGAAAAUGCACACUUGAACUUAAACGUCAAUUGACGUGCAAAAUUAAACACUUGUUUUACCAGUGAACCCAGUCAGAAACGGAUGGUCGAAUCGACGUCGAAUCGACGUCGAUGUGUCGAAAAGUGGUCGUUGGAAGAAACAGGUCGGAAAUUUUAAAUGAUCGACGUAUUUUCGACCUAGUUGGUUUUGUGAUUUUAAUGCUGUUUACAGCUGUACGGUUAACAUAUUAUUGGAAAUUGUGAGUUUUUGUCAACUUAAACAGGACUUGUGGCGUUUCUUCGAAUCGACGUCGAAUCGACGUCGAUUCGACGGUUCGCGUGAUUGACUUAUUUUGCGUACAAAGCACGUUUGCUCUCAUAAUUCCAUUAUUAUGGAUGAAUGGACGGUACUAGCGUACGACACCCCAUGAGUUUUCACAUAGCCGAGGCAGCUGUGGUACUUCCCCGUCGAUUUCUCGUCGAUUUCCCGUCGAUUUGUAACCUUAAUUUAAAAAUUAAUAGUUAGGGCAACUGAGACAUUGUCUGCCAAAAUGUUGCGUGUUAAGAGAGAGUUUUCUGUUGUUCGAUUCCGAAUUCAACAAAUGUCAAUGGACGAUCAACGAGUGGCAUACGGGGCAUAGCAUGUUAGAAAGUCACGGUUACUGAUGUCUUCUCUUCGUAUCCGAUGUGGUAGCGUAGUGGAUAAGACGACAGGGCAGGAGACUCGUUUGGGAUGUGCGCGGGUUCGAAUACCCUGGUCUGCGCUAUUUUCGUCGACGGAACAUCGACGUCGAUAAAUACGUCGAUUUCGGUGACACAUAGUGGUCGAAUCGACGAAGUCAAUCGACGACUUGUCGACAUCGCAAACGACGUCGAAUCGACGUCGAUUCGACCAACCAUUUCUGACUGGGGAAGGGUCACAAGAAAGAGAAAAAAAAACAGUGUGUGAAGGACGAGAAAGCCAUGGUGUAUGACCAUUCUUUUUUCCAAAUUUAACAACCUACUAUGGAGCACCCAAUUACACGACAUUAGUCGGACGGCGGGAACUUUGUGUUCGGUAAAUGUAUAUCCCCGCGUGAAUUCCCUCGACGAUCAAGCGUCGAUUGGACGGCCGAAAUUGCGCCAUCAUAGAGUCACCCUGAUUAGAGUUUAUCUGUACCGAUGUGACCGGUACGGGAUGAACACAUUGGCUCCCGGCUAGAACAUUAAGUUUUUGUUUUCAUUUGUUUUUUGCUAUUAUAUCGAAAGGCUAGCGACCAGGUGGCACAAAGGAACCACGGAAUCCCCGAUUUUAUAACUAUUAUCAUCUCUGUCGAGAAAUCGGCUAUUUUUUAUAUCUUUGUCUGGACUUGAAAUUACUGGGUCUAUGUAGUGUCGUUUCAUUUUCAUUUAUUGUAUUAUCAUAUUUUGUAGUAGAGCUGUGAUAAUUAAGGAUUGACUUGCAUGUGCCACCUAUACUUUAAUUUUACCGCGGUAUGCGAAAACCGAGACGAAACCGUAAUUUAUUCGAGAACUGGAGAUAAACUCGAACUUCUACUGUCUGUAUUGGGAAUGCGCUUAAAUAUUUACAAACUAGUCACAAUCUAUUUAUCACAAUACUGAGCGUUAUUAUUCAUCAACAAGUUCCUCCUGGAUUUUUGCAGAGGACUCAGAAGGCCAUUUCUUAAAAAUGGUCGUAGGGACACCGCAAAUAAAUGAAAAAAACAAGUCAAAAUAAACAUACGAAAAUAUC